AUGACUGAAGGAGAACGUAGCUUUGAUGAGAAACAUCAAAUUCUUAUUCCAAUAAUUGGAAAUUUUGGAGUUGGAAAAACUUCUUUAUUAUUUACUUUUACAGAACAAGAUUAUGAAGAAGCACCAAUAGAAAUUGGAAGAGAUUAUAUUCCAUUCCAAUAUAAAUAUAAAGGAGAAUAUUAUGAAAUUCAUUUAUGGGAUACAAAUGGAACUGAAAAAUAUGGGAGAGUUACUUCACGUGCUAAUAAAGGUGAUGGGUAUAUUAUUGUCUGUUCUUAUGAUAAUGGAGAUUGUUUAGAAAAUAUUGGUCAACAUAUUGAACAAACUAUGUUCUCUGAAAGGUUUGGUGCAACUGAAUAUAAUAGAGAAGCACCAUUUACAGUUGUAUGUACUAAACAUGACUUAUUAGAAGAUAGUGAAAGUUGUGCUUUUACUGAAGAAGAUUUUAAUAGUUUUUGUAAAGACAAUGAAUUUAAAUUAUCAGCAUCCGAUCUUGAUUAUUCAAAUUGGGACUCUAUUGGAGCUGCAUUUAAACCACUUUUUAAUCAAGCAAUACAAAUGCAUUUAAAGAGAUAUGAAGAAUCUGAAGGUGAAGGAUUUGGUAAUUAA